AUGGAGGUCAUCGCAGAGAGCAGCCCUUUGAAAGUCAAGAAGCGGCCGCAUCGAAAGUCUAAACUAGGUUGCCAGACAUGCAAGAAACGAAAGAUAAAGUGCGAUGAACGAAAGCCGGCGUGUCAAAACUGCGUCAGGCACCUCGUCGCUUGCGACUUUAUGAAAAGCCAUCCCCCUUCGCCGCCGCUUCGGACAAUUGGCUUGCACAUCUCACUUCAGCCAACCGCAGGGGACAGUACAGCAUCGUCGCCGUCUCAUUUACCGUCACAAGUACCGGUGCCGCCAGCGGACCAGGAGCUCAACUUUGUCGACCUGGAGCUGAUUCACAACUUCACUAACUCGGUUUACAUGACGCUUUCGACGGACCCGCUCGUCCGUCAGAUGUGGAAGGUGUCCGUCGUGGGCCUCGCUCUGAAAUGCGAGUACGUUAUGCGCACGUUACUCUCCAUCUCGGCACUGCAUCUUGCCCAUCAGCGGCCUGAGCGGAAGGAGGCAUUGGUUUCCAAGGCCUUGUUGUACCAUCGGACCGCAAGCCGUGAGGCAAUGAAGCUGAUGAGCAACUUGGAUGAGCGUAAUGCCGAGAAUCUAUUCUUGUUCUCUCUGUUAACAAUAUUUUUCGCUCUUGCGUCUGGUCGGUACCUCAAAGAGUCUGUGGUUGUCUGGGAAUCCGCAUUUCCAGAUUGGACCUUUCUACUUUCCGGCGCGUGUUCGCUCAUCAAACUCCUCAACGAGAGGAAGUACAACGGGCCCCUGAAGCCCAUCAUCACCUACGCGACAGAACGGUUCUUCACCGCCCGAGACGACUCAUCAACGCACCCAGAGGCCCUCGAUAGUCUCAGAAAGCUAAUCAACGCCAAUUGCAAAGACCAGAAUCUGUUACGCAUUUACAAUUAUGCUAUAGAUGAACUGCGGCAUCCCUUAUCACUUGCUUUGCGCAGCGACGGGCAUGGCAUGGACAUUUUGGACAUGUUCAUCUGGAAGUAUUUCGUUUCGGACAAGUUCCUGCCGUUACUCAAGAUGCCGGAGGUGAACCAGGAGGCGGUGGUUAUAUAUGCGCAUUUCUGCAUCGUUUUGAAGAGACUAGAGAGCCAGUGGUGGCUGCAGGGCUGGGCGAUGCAUUUGAUUUCGCAGGCAUGGGCGUUGCUUGACCAGGAUCACAAGCUGUGGAUACAGUGGCCGAUGGAGGAGCUGGGAUGGGUGCCACCGAUAACGACUUGA